GAAAACUCCAAUUCAUCCUGGCUUUAUCCCAACGAAAAAUCACGAAAAAUCACGAAAAAUCAAGAAAAAUCAAGAAAUAAAAUAUGAUAACUAUUUUUAAAAAUUCCCAAUGCAGGUAAGAAUAAUCCAUCUUUUUUUCAACAGAUUAAAAUGGGGUUGAUUCGUUAAAAACCCAGAUUUUAGAUGAUGUUGGGCCAAUACAGUGGUGUAAAAUAUUAUGACAGCUUCGUGUACUGUAUGUUUGUUGGUGUAUGUUUGUGUAGGCCCGAUGGAUCCACCAAUAAGGUGUUACACUUAGUCGAAAAUCUAAUUAAAUCGGUUUGUUUUAAAUGGCAGCUAUCGAUUGGAGUCAUUGAUAUAUCGAGUGUGUUUGGCCAUUUGUACAGUGCAGUGACAUGACUAGGCACACAGGCCUUCAGAGUGAUUCGUGGCAUCAGUAAAAUUAGCCUAUUCAAAGAAGGACAAACGAUAUCAUUAAAAUGAACAGUGACUUGAGAGGGGUUUACAUCAUUAAUGAGUAAAAUCAUUAGGUCAUUCUAAGGGUUUACUGUAAAAUGUUGUGGGGCCUGCUAUGCCUAUACUGACAGUGAUGAGACAUUUGGAUAUGGGCGUUAUUUCUUUAUUGGCUUAAUCAUUAUCUUUAAGUAGAUCCUACUCCUUAUAAUAGUGUUGUAAAAUGUUGUAUUUGAUCAUGGCAAACAUCAUUUAUAAUCAAAGUAUCAGUCAAUUGUUUGAGAAGUUAUGUGCAUGAUAUAGCAAACGGUCUAGUGUGUUGUAGACCUACAGAAUAAUUACCUCAUUUAAAAAGGAAUCCUCAUGUUUUUAUGGUACCCCUAAAUCCAAAAUAAAUUAGAAUGGGGAAGGUAAGAUAUAAUGUAUAUAUUUUAAUUAUUGUAUUGUUAAAAAAAAGAAUACAUACAUACAUACACUAUUUAAAUCUUUCAAUUUGUUAGAUCAUAACAAAUCGGACGUGUAAUCUACAUAAUAGUAGAUUACACAACUGUGAGUGCAUGGGUUUACAGUACACGAGGUGUCAAGAGUGUGGAUGGAUAGAGAACAGUAGAAUGCCAGUAUUAGGGACGGUUCGAUAACGUUAGGGGGCAAAAUACUUGGCCUGAAUUUAGUGGCAUGACACCUGAAUCACGUGACAGUCCUUGGCCUAGUUUGGUGGUCAGUUGUAGUUUCUAAAUGAAACGUUUUCUUUAAUCGUUAAACAAUCGUUUAUAUGUUUUAAUCUAUUAUUAUAACUAUUGUUAUUAUUAUUAUCAACAUCAUGAAAAGUGAUGAAUAUGUAUGAGAAAACUGUGGUAAAUUAGCAUGCCUCCAUAAAUUGCCCUUACAAAACGCCUGUUCGAUUGUGUAUGUGUUGGGGUUCUGGGCUGGGUUUCUGUACAGCACUUUGUGACAUCUGCUGAUGUAAAAAUGGCUUUAGAAAUACAUUUGAUUGAUUUAUUGAUAUAUAAGGAUCAAACAUUUGUGCACAAAUAAGAUGUGUACAACAAUGUGUAGCUUCCAGAAUGGCUGUCAGAACCUCGCAACAUAGGACCAUCUAGGAAUUGUCGUUAUAUUUUCCAGUCCUCAGCUCUCAGCGCAACAUAGGACCAUUUAAGAAUUGUCGUUAUAUUUUCCAGUCCUCAGCUCUCAGCGCAACAUAGGACCAUCUAGGAAUUGUCGUUAUAUUUUCCAGUCCUCAGCUCUCAGCGCAACAUAGGACCAUCUAGGAAUUGUCGUUAUAUUUUCCAGUCCUCAGCUCUGCCUGCGGUUUGGCUGAAAUACUAAUUUGUGUGUUGUGGAUUUAAGGACAAUUUUAUAUUUUUGUUUUAUAUGUCAUGUAAAUCACGUCAAGCAGACUUGACAAGUCAGAUUGUUUUACACUUUGGUAAAAACAAAAUCAACACAUUUACUCAUAAUAAAAUAUAUAUAUAUAAUAACAGCAAUUUCAUACAAUAAAUAAUAGCCUAAUAUUUAUAAUUAUAACGUUAAAGUAGCGUUAUUAAUACGCUAUUAAUACGUAAUACGUUUAUAGUAACCUACAUUGUACAACCUUAGCCAAAGACUUGUGUAAUGUGGUAGAAUUGGAGGUCUUCAAACCGUCAAUGUCAAGUUUUGUGAAUCUGUUUGUCUGCAAAAAGAAAUACAGCUGUUUCCGUGACCUUACAUGGGCUUUAGCCUACAACCUUGAUUCUUCACAUACUUUGCAACCCUUCUUUAUAGAUGCAGGGUGGGCAGCCUCUCCCCCACCCCCUUCCUCAGACCGAAGGUGCUUGAAUGUAAAUGAAGGCCCCAACAUCCGCCUGCUAUUGUACAUGGUUGGUUUGGUGGACCUAAUCUAUGGAGUCCAUAGAAAACUAUACUACUUUCUCUCCUCUCACAUAUCCUCCCUCCUAUAAAAGUCAGAGCCAAACCAAUCAGACGUCAGCCUGGGAUGGGUGAGGAGGACAGAGCCUCCACAAACCACAGACCCGUCUCUGUCCAAUCAGACGUCAGCCUGGGAUGGGUGAGGAGGACAGAGCCUCCACAAAACACAGCCCCCGUCUCUGUCCAAUCAGACGUCAGCCUGGGAUGGGUGAGGAGGACAGAGCCUCCACAAACCACAGCCCCGUCUCUGUCCAAUCAGACGUCAGCCUGGGAUGGGUGAGGAGGACAGAGCCUCCACAAACCACAGCCCCCGUCUCUGUCCAAUCAGACGUCAGCCUGGGAUGGGUGAGGAGGACAGAGCCUCCACAAACCACAGCCCCCGUCUCUGUCCAAUCAGACGUCAGCCUGGGAUGGGUGAGGAGGACAGAGCCUCCACAAACCACAGCCCCCGUCUCUGUCCAAUCAGACGUCAGCCUGGGAUGGGUGAGGAGGACAGAGCCUCCACAAAUCACAGCCCCCGUCCGUCCAAUCAGACGUCAGCCUGGGAUGGGUGAGGAGGACAGAGCCUCCACAAACCACAGCCCCCGUCUCUGUCCAAUCAGACGUCAGCCUGGGAUGGGUGAGGAGGACAGAGCCUCCACAAACCACAGCCCCCGUCUCUGUCCAAUCAGACGUCAGCCUGGGAUGGGUGAGGAGGACAGAGCCUCCACAAACCACAGCCCCGUCUCUGUCCAAUCAGACGUCAGCCUGGGAUGGGUGAGGAGGACAGAGCCUCCACAAAUCACAGCCCCCGUCCGUCCAAUCAGACGUCAGCCUGGGAUGGGUGAGGAGGACAGAGCCUCCACAAACCACAGCCCCCCGUCUCUGUCCAAUCAGACGUCAGCCUGGGAUGGGUGAGGAGGACAGAGCCUCCACAAACCACAGCCCCCGUCUCUGUCCAAUCAGACGUCAGCCUGGGAUGGGUGAGGAGGACAGAGCCUCCACAAACCACAGCCCCCGUCUCUGUCCAAUCAGACGUCAGCCUGGGAUGGGUGAGGAGGACAGAGCCUCCACAAACCACAGCCCCCCGUCUGUCUGACAGCCAUCACUAAAGGAGAUGGAUACAAUGUCCUUUUGGCCACUUCAGUACGAAAAUGUAUGCAGUCACUGUAAGUGGCUCUGGAUUAGAGCGUCUGCUCAAUGACUAAAAUAUACAUCUACAUCUAGUUGUUUUGUAUCUGCAUGAUUCACCCCCCAAAACAGCUGAUCACAUGACAGUGUGUGUGUGCUCACACAGUGUCUCUCUGGACAAAGAGCUCGGGCUGUUCCUUCAGCAUGUUCCCUCUGAUCCACACACACACACACACACACACACACACACACACACACAGACAGACAGACAGACAGACAGACAGACAGACAGACAGACAGAC